UCAUGUCACGUACCCGGAAACCUUUGGGGUGGAUGGGACACCCCUACUUCACCAUCUGCUGCUCACCAACGGUCAGGAGUGGACAAAGAAGACAUACUUGACCUACUUAGAUUGUCCAUCUGAUGAUCCCAGACCCUCCCCCGGCCUCACUCGGUAACCUUCUGUGACGCUCUUCCCGCUAUUCUCAACACCUGUUGAUGCUCAUCAAAUAGCUCGUCAAAUAGUCAGAAUAUUCAAUAUUAGUCAUCAUGUUUAAUAAUUGUCAGACUGUUUAAUAAUAGUAAUCAUAUUUAAUAAUAGUAAUCAUGUUUAAUAAUAGUAAUCAUGUUUAAUAAUAGCCGCACGGUGGCCUAGCGGUUAGCAUGUUGGCCACACAGUCACAGUCGGGGGAUCGGGAAGACCUGGGUUCAAAUCUAUGUUGGGCAUUUCUGUGUGGAGUUUGCAUGUUCUCCCCGUGCGUGGGUUUUCUCCGGGUACUCCGCUUUCCUUCCUGUUUGUCUAUAUGUGCCCUGCGAUUGGCUGGCAACCAGUCCAGGGUAUGCCCCGCCUGUCGCCCGAAGUCAGCUGGCAUAGGCUCCAGCAUAUCCCCGAGACCCUAAUGAGGAGAGGCGGUAUAGAAAAUAGAUGGUUGGAUGUUUAAUAAUAUUCAAUCUUGGGAAUUAUGUUUAAUAAUAGAAUGUUUAAUAGCAAUAAUUUUUCUUUCUUUAAUAGUAAUAAUUAGUAAUAGUUAUGUUUCCUUAUUUGACUGUGAUUACUUAAAAAAAAACAAAAAAAACAAUGCAACUGGCUGAGAUGCGGUGGGCGGGCUUUAAACUCUGAUUGGCUGUGACAGCAACGAGGCGGGAAAGAAGUAACACAAAGCUGCUCAGAGAUUGGCUAAAUCAUAAGCGAAGGCGGGUACAAAGCUGAGCAGCGAUUGGCUGCAGGCGGCGUGGUCGCGCGCACUCCGGGUAGCUUAAGAAGGGGUCCACACAGGCUGACUCGCUCCUAAGAACUUACCACGACGGAACCGGGCCGGUCAAGACGAAGUUCUUCAAAGAGUGCGCGGGUAGCUUCUGGGCCGGCUAAAGCAAGUGUGUGGGUAACUCCCUGGAGCAGCUAGCAUGGUGCAGCCGGUUCCGCACAUCAAGCGACCCAUGAACGCCUUCAUGGUGUGGUCCAAAAUGGAGCGCCGGAAGAUCAUGCAGGAGUCUCCAGAAGUCCACAACGCUGAGAUUUCCAAGCGGCUUGGAAAGCGCUGGAAGACUUUAGACGAGUCCGAGAAGGUUCCGUUCAUCCGCGAGGCUGAACGGCUCCGCCUCCAGCACAUGGCCGACUAUCCGGACUACAAGUACAGACCCAAGAAGAAGUCCAAGACGGACGACGCCGACAAGAGCGGCAGAACCACUAACAAGUCUAAAAGCAGAAAGCCGCUGGUGGUUUCCGACAGACGGAGGCAGCGCGCCGACCCGCGGUACCGCUACGUACUCAAACGGGACUCUAGUGACUCGGAGGACGACUCGGACGACGAACCGCUUGCUUACCGCAGUAUAGGUUCUGCGUCAACAGAACCGGAAGAGUCGGGUCGACUCUUCUACAGUUUCAAGAACAUCACUCGCCAGGCCACCGGAACGCUCUCUCCCGACUCCUCGUUUAGGUCCGGGUCCAGUUCUUCCUGCUGCGGGGACGACUUGGACCAGGACCUUCCCGCGGAAGGGUCUGACUUCCCGCUCAGUCUCCACGCUUCCUCGGAACCGGCGAACCUGAGCCUGUCUCUGGUGGACAAGGACUUGGACCUGAGCGGUACCGAAAGGAACCGAAGGUCCCACUUCGAGUUCCCUGACCACUGCAGCCCGGAGCUGAGCGAGCUGAUCACCGGCGACUAUUCAGACCUGGUCUUCACUUGCUGAGCCGAACUUUUCGAAGUUUUACUGGACUUUUAUUUGAUGAAAGAUUAUAUUUUUGUAGUUUUUCACGUCAGCUGACUUGUGUUGUUAGGUCAAGUGGCACACUUUGAGUUCUGCUCCUUGUUUUUGUGCAAUAUGUAGAAGUGACGUCAUGGACUGAAUAAAUCCGCUCAGAAAAUAAUGAACUCACUCUGGUCAUUUUUGAAGUGGGCGGGGCUUAAAAUACGUUUUUUUUUGGCCGUGUAACAGUGAAAACUUGAGCUAGCUUAGUUAGCUUUGUGUGCUGGUUAGCUGUAACCGUAGCUCUGUCCACAAUGCAAGACAGGACUGGACGUCCCUCUGAGGCAAGACUGUGAGGGAAGAAUUGUGAGCAAUUAGAAGGAAGUCAGACUGAUGAGACAUGACAUGAGGGAAAUAUGACUAACAUGGAGGUACACGGUUUAGUGUAUAGAAAAGAUGUACUUCUGUCCAGUUGUCUUCAUGUUGUGACCUGUCCUUUUUACCUGUCUCUGAACUUUGACCCCUUCAUUGCAAUCAAACACAAAGCAGCAUCAAUUAAUUUUUAUUCAUCAUGCACAUAGAUAUAACUCCAUGAAUCCAUCACAGCAGCAAUAUUCUAACCCUUGACAUAUAAUACUCUAUUUACUGAAUUAACAUUUAAUUCAUUCACUUUUCUCACUUAAGGAGUGGAGCCUAUCUAAGGCAGGGUGCAGCCGGUCUGAUCAGCUGUCAAUCACAUGCUUUUACAAACAUCAAGCUAAGAACAAAGAGGAUAUUUAGUUUCUUUUGAAAACAUCUAAACAAAAACAUCAAGCGCUAAUUUGGAGUCACGACAGUUAGCAUGCAUCUACACACAACGGCAGUCACAUCACAUGAUGCUGCAGGAUUAUGAUAGUGGGCAGGGGUGGGUUUACAGGAUGCUCUCACGCUCCUCGCCAAAGGCGACAGCAUCUGCUGUCAAGGUGCACACCUCUGGGGGGUCUCCGGGCUUGAGGCCCCUCUUCAGGUGGA